AUGGCCUCUCGGGGCCUGGGGGGCCUCAGCGGGAGCCGCGGCGGUGGCAGCAGCGCCAAGAAGAGCCUGAGCGCCCGCAUGCAGGAAGGGCGGGGCUGCGCGCGCGAAGUCGGGGCUUCACCGCAGCGGCCCCGGCUGGGGCGCGGGUGGCUGCAGAGCGUGGGUGGUUGGGGGUGCGAGGCGGCUGGGGACGUCCGGCGGGAAGUAGGGGAGCUCCCUACGCCGGCCCUCACGUUCCGCCUGGCGGCCGGCGGCGCGCGCGAGGGCGGAGGUGGUGCGUACGUGUGGGUGCGCGCGCGCGUGUGCGGAGCUUGGGUGCCCAGCGCGAGCUGUGAGCCCCCGGCUAGCGAGGGGUGGGGGGGGCCGGCACCUCGGGCUGAGGGCUUGGGGCGGGUGUGCGAACCCCUGCGGGUCCUGGGGACGAGGGGCCGUAGCCCCAGCGCCCCUGCCUUUGCCGCGCGGGGCGUGUCAGCGAGCGCCCAGCGCCCUGGAGAGGGGCCCGGGGCUGGCCACCGCGGAGGCCCUGGACUUUCCGUCAGUUCCAGGCUGGAGGCAGCGGAAGGUAGGGCUUGGGGCGGGGUUGGGGGAGGAUUUGUUUUGGAUGUGCGAUUUAGUGUCAGAGUGAAAGAUGAGGGCCAGGACGAAGAGCGCUUUCAUUUACUGCACAUUGAGCUGUCGGCCAGCUUUUGGUUUUCUGUGAAGACCCUGAUUGAUCAGUCUUGCUUUGAGACAAUUGAUGAUUCUUCUCCUGAAUUUAACAAUUUUGCAGCUAUUUUGGAACAGAUUCUAAGUCACCGGCUAAAAGAGAUUCCCCAAAGUUGCAGAUGGCUGGCUCAUCUCCAAAUACCUCUUCAAGGUCAAGUAACCUGGUUUGGUUAUGAAAGUCCUCGUACCUUCUGGGACUAUAUCAGAGUGGCUUGCCGGAAAGUUUCACAAAAUUGUAUCUGCAGCAUUGAAAAUAUGGAAAACGUCAGUUCUUCUAGAGCUAAGGGUAGAGCCUGGAUCAGAGUAGCACUUAUGGAAAAGCAUUUAUCUGAAUACAUCUCUACAGCUCUGAGAGACUCCAAAACAACCAGGAGAUUUUAUGAAGAUGGAGCAAUUGUCCUGGGUGAAGAAGCAAAUAUGCUUGCUGGCAUGCUACUUGGACUCAAUGCUAUUGAUUUCAGCUUCUGCCUAAAGGGAGAGGGAUUGGAUGGCAACUUUCCUGCUGUAAUAGACUAUACACCAUAUUUGAUGUAUACUCAAAGUUCUGAUAGUAUCAGCAGUGAUGAGGAGGAGCUAAGGACUUUGGGAAGCAGUGACAGUGAAGGCAGCACUCCGGAGAAUGUCGGACCUCCUUUAAUCGUGGAUGAGAACAGUUGGUUCAACAAGUGUAAGAGAGUUAAACAAAAGUAUCAACUUACCCUGGAACAGAAGGCUUAUCUUGAAGAACUCUUACGACUUCGAGAGAACCAACUGUCUGAAUCUGUCUCCCAGAAUAAAAUACUACUUCAAAGGAUUGAAGAUUCUGAUCUGGCACAUAAGUUGGAAAAGGAACAAUUAGAAUAUAUCAUUGUGGAGCUGCAAGAUCAGCUGACUGUGCUAAAGAAUAAUGAUUUAAGAUCAAGACAAGAGUUAACUGCCCACCUCACCAACCAGUGGCCUUCCCCAGGAGCUCUGGAUGUCAAUGCUGUUGCCUUGGAUACGUUGCUUUACCGAAAACACAAUAAACAGUGGUAUGAGAAAAGUUAUCAAAGUCUUGACCAGUUAUCAGCAGAAGUUAGCUUUUCUCAGACUUCACUGGAUCCAAGCCAGUCACAAGAAGGAGAUGGAAAACAAGACCCAUUAAAUUUAAUCAAUGCAGGUAAAGAAGAUACUCCCUCAUUACUUGGUCUGUGUGGGUCUCUAACAUCAGUGGCAAGUUACAAGUCUCUAACUAGUCUAAAAUCUAAUGACUACCUUGCAAGCCCUACAACAGAGAUGACAAGUCCAGGCCUAACUCCAUCGUGAACAUUUUUAUGUAAAAGCCAAAAGUUUUUAUGUUGUAAAUGUUCAACGUACAUAAGUUUGACUGCUGGGAAGACCUUUGAAAUUUUUUAUUGUUCUGGUACAUGUCUGGAAUUUUAUUGCUUAGAGAGUUCAGUUUACUCCAUGUAAACUUCUAAGUGAAAAUCAUAAUGAUCCUGCUAUUUUUCAUUUUAAAAAUUCUUAUAUUUAUCAUUGAGGAAGUUUAAAAAUAGGCUUUAAAAAACUUCCAAAGAUCCCCCAAAUGAAUAAUUCAUUGCAAAUUGUACAUAUUUAUUAUUCAGCUGAUUUUUAUAUAUUUGUUUAAAUGUAUCUUAGUGGCCAGAGACUGAGUUCAAGGUUUUAUUCCAGAGACUCAAGCCAUGUAUUUUCUUUCAGUCUUUUAUUCAGUGAUUAAAUUUUCAAAAAAGGAUGGCUUAUUAAUUUCAUUUUUCCAUUAAUUUCUUCCUCAGUUCUAAUGUUUAAAUGCCUUGUUUUUAAUAUUAGGGGAUGGGUCUCAGCUGUACUUUCAGUGGCUUAUUCAGCUUUUCUUUAACAUUUAUCAUGUGGUAUCAACUUAAUAUUCCACUUAACAUUUUAUAAAUUUUGUAGGAAUGUGCCUUUUAAGGCAGUUACAGACUUAAUUUGUAAGGGUAAUAGGAAAAGUAUUUUAUAGUAUUUAAGACUGUUUAGGUAAAAGGAAUAAAUUUAUCUUUGUUUUCCAAAGAUUUUCUUAAAAGGUUAUCAAUUUAAAAAUAUGAUCAGUUGGAAACAUUUUUAAAUGUAGAACAAAUGUUGAAAAAUUAUCAGGAAAGAUUUCAAGUUCAAUUAAAGAUUUGAGAAGCUUUUAAACAAGGAUCAAUCGGGUAAUCACCAUACUUAAUAAUAUAUAUAUAUAUAUAUAUGUCUAACAUACAGUGCUGUUUUUUCUCCCUUGUGUACAGCAGCAAUGAAUUGCAUCAUGUGUGUCUUACAUCCUCUAUCAUUAAUCAUGCCAUAAUCUCAUUUUGAAACUGAUGUUAAUGUUAAAAGUCCCUACACUUCUGCAGGUAAAUUAGUGUUCUUUUUGCAAUUUUGGAAACAGUUACAUUCAUCACUAAAAAUUCCACCACAGUGAAAAAUAAAAUUAGGUAUAUUUCUAUAGUAAGUAAUAUGAGGAAAACAUGAUUAGUUGUGCCAAAGAAGUUUUAUAUAUUGUUUACAAGAGGCCACAGUACUUACUGGGGACUUCAUAUGGCAUUUUUGUUUAUUAAUAAAACAUGACAUUUAAGCUUAGUAGCUUUGACACAUAGGAGGAAUGGUCCUCUUAAAACAGUUUACUUCAUUAAGAAGCAGCAAGAAGAGCUGACCUUACCAUGUUCAUUCUUUGUAUUAGAAAUGCAGGAAUGUAGGUGGUUCUCUGCAAUAUUUAUGUAUUUUUUCGGUGACUGGCCUGUACAGGGAUCGAAACCCUUGACCUUGGUGUUACAGGUGGCACUAACCAACUGAUCUGCAAUAUUUAGAGUUUAGUCUCAUAAUUUGGAAUUUAAGAUAAUAAAUAGUAAUAAGGUCAGUCUUAUAUGUAAGACAGUCAUGACAGUGUCAUUUCAGGGACAAAGGGCGCCUGGAAACCCUUAAAGUAAGUUACCUUAGAUGUGCCAGAACAUACUCAGAGCUUUAGUCCUUCAGCUUAAGGCUUUAAUACUAAUAGAAAUGCAAAAUUUCUUGAGAAAUGCUUCCUUUAAUCUAUUCUCAGUUCUGUAUACCUUAAUGUAAGUGAGGUAUCUAAAGCAGUUUUUAAUCAGCAGAGGGGAUGGAAAGGAGGUAUAAAAUGAGGACAGUGGAAAUUUGGGGAGGAGGGAGUGAGGAAUGGAUAAGGAAGGGAACUUUGAAAAUUUCAGCCUGGCUUUGAACACUAUUGCUGCUAUCCUAAGAACUGUCAGAAUGUUUAAAUGCUUCAUUAUUCAUGAUCCACUCUCAAUUUACAUUUAUGAUCCUUUAGUAAUUUUAAAAAUUGUUAAAUUUUUUCCAUACAUUUUUAUAAUGUAGAAGGAAGUUCAAGUUUCCAUAAUGAAACUUUUCAGACUUGUCUAUACAAUAACUUGUGCAUCUUAUGCUGCUAAAUGCAGAUUUAAACAUGACAUCUGAGGAUCGUGACUUUUCCUCCUUUCUUGGAGCAUUUAGUAUAAAAUUCAUCUGCUAUUGUGAAAUUCAGGUUUCUACACAGUUCAUUUCACACUAGUUAGAGGUAGUUUGUUAAUGUUUGCAUGAGGAAACAAUGUGUAUCUCAACCUUUAAUUUUAGGUGGUAACCCCCCCAAAAAGAAUGCUGAAUUAUAUGCCAAUAUCUCCAUAUGUGUUUUAUUGCCUUGAUGUACUAUACUUGUUGCAUGUAUAUUAAACAUUUUGUACCAUGAA